AUGGCCCCCAAAAAUGCACCGGAGCCCGAGGAGAUCACUGGACAGAGCCAACUUCCCACUACCGCCGUCUCACAUAUCGAUAACCUGGAAUUUCUCUCCGACGUGAUUCCCAAAACGACAACGUACAAGAAGUUCAAGGAAAAAAAGGCCAAGGAUGCUGCCAAACGCUCCGAGAUGGAAAAGGGCCAACGAACCUUGAACGGCAGUGGCUCGGGCCCGGGCAAGUCAAACGGCGCAUCUUCCAGCGUAGCUCCAGAUCAGGAUGAAGUUACAGCUUCUCCCACCUCUGUUCCAAGGACGCCGAUCGUGCCUGUUAGCGUGCUGAUCGCUGACGAGCCCGCUGAGCCUGCAGGUCGGGGCGAUGCGGACGUUGAGAUGAGGGACUGA